AUGAAUCUCAUCAGAGAAUUUGAGAUGCAAAGAAUGAAGGAAUCCGAAACUGUCAAAGAAUACUCGGAUAGACUUCUUAGCAUUGUGAAUAAGGUAAGAAUGUUGGGUAAGAAUCUUCCUGAUAGCAGAGUUGUUGAAAAGAUUCUUGUAACAUUGUCUGAGAAACUAAACGCAUUGCAAGCACAAGAGCAGAGAAGGUUAAUGAGAGAAGAAGGGACAGUAGAAGGUGCAUUACAGGCGAAGUUGCAAAGUAAUGCCGGAAGCAGAUACAAGAAAGGAAAAGGAAAGAAGAACCAUGCUGGAAACAAUCAAGUUGCUGCUAAUAAUGGUGGAGGCAACAACUCUAGCAGCAACAAAGGAGAUAAGUUCCCUUCAUGUCAGCAUUGUAGAAGGAAGAAUCACCCUCACUUCAAAUGCUGGAGAAAGCCGGAUAUGAGAUGCAGAAAGUGCAACAAGUUGGGGCAUGCUGAAAUAAUUUGCAAGUCUAAAGAUAAUCAGCAAGAAACUGAAGCUCAGGUUGCAAAUCAGCAAGAAGAAGAGCAGUUAUUUGUCGCAACUUGUUUUAUGGGCAGCAGUUCCAGCGACAGUUGGUUGAUCGAUAGUGGUUGCACUAACCACAUGACAAAUGAUGAAACACUCUUCAGGGAGCUUGAUAGAUCUGCAACAUCAAAAGUCAAGAUAGGCAAUGGUGACUAUAUUGCUGUAAAAGGAAAAGGAACAGUGGCUUUUGAAACCUACUCAGGUACUAAAACUAUCUCUGAUGUUCUUUAUGUGCCUGAAAUUGAUCAAAAUUUAUUAAGUGUUGGACAGCUAUUGCAAAAGGGUUUUAAGGUGAUCUUUGAAAAUCAAAAGUGUCUUAUUAAAGACGUCAAAGAUCAAGAUUGUAUUCAGAGUAAAGAUGAAGGGAAAAAGCUUCACAUUGGAUCCAAUGGAUGA